AUGGAAAGAAAAAGAGCUACAUUAUUCAAUCAACAAGAAGAUGAGCUGUUGUGUCAUGUGUAUUUAGAAAUAUCACAAGACCCAAUUGAUAGCAAUAACCAAGCUUUGAAAAAAUUAUGGGAAAAAAAUAAAAAAUACAAGCAUGACGGGAGGGAGGCGGAGGCAGCUGGUAUCGGUAGCUGA